AUGGAGAAACAUGAAGCUUCAUACGUUUCAAGGAUUAGAAAGAAAUAUAGCAUCGAAGUGGAUAAACCAAACAAGGUAACUACUGUGGAGCUGCGAGCACAAUGUGUUCUUCGGUCCUUUUUAGACAGGGAUAAUGAUGAGAGUGAGGAAUGGGAACUUGACGAAUUUGUUUCUUUAAGCCGUUACAAUGAUGAGAAAGAACAGCCAAUUGAAGAUCCAGAUAUGGAUUCAUUGGGGAAGUCUGUGUCAAAGUCAUCUUCUGAUAGUGACCCUGAUGAAGCUGAGGCCGGGUUGGAAGCCAUUUCUAGAAGUUUGAUUGAAAAUAAGGGGUCACUAGAUGUAAUAGCCAAUGAGCCAGCUCCAUUACAAGACUUUCAGACACUAAAGAAGUGCAAGCAAGAUGAAUCAUCAAACCUUGAAGCAGACGUUGGGUCUGUAGUUGCAGAUCUCCAUGAUAAAUCUGGGGUUCCUAUGGCACCUAAGGGACCAAAACCUGAAGUAGAUGGGGAAACUGAUGAAGGCAAUAGGACUCGCAAAAGAAGGAAAACCAGGUGGACUGGUGAUGAUUCUCAAUUAAAAAUACUUGGUCCUAUUCAACUACCUAGCUUCGUGAAAGACUUUGUUACAUCUGAUCUGGAUCCAGAAAUUCAGGAGUUGAAAGUGGAACUGUUUGAGAUAAAUAGCAAGUUGCAAAGACCAGAGCUUCAUGAUGACUGCCCCAAGGAAGACAGGUCUCCUUCUCCAGAGCCAGUGUAUGAUUACCUUGGUAAUAGAAAAAAUACAAGGGAUGUAAGGCUCCGUGAAAAACUCAUCAAGAAGCGUCAAUGUAUCAUUUCCAGGUUGAUUGGGAAGAACUCCACCUUUAAACCUGCUGCUGACUACAAGCCACCAAAGCUCAUUAAGAAACUCUACAUUCCGGAGAAAGAAUACCCUGAUUAUAAUUUUGUUGGUCUUAUAAUUGGUCCACGGGGAAAUACUCAAAAGAGGAUGGAGAAGGAAACUGGGGCUAAGAUUCUUUUAAGGGGUAAAGGUUACUCCUUGAAAACGCCACGCAGAACUAAAGCUUCUGAUAAUGAAGAUUUACAUGUCCGUAUAGAGGCUGAUAACCAAAAUUCCUUUGAUGCAGCUGUAAGAAUGGUUGAGAAACUACUAAUUCCAAUUGACCGUGGAAUAAAUGCUCACCAACAAGCCCAAUUAGUGGAGCUUGGCAAACUGAAUGGAGAACGAAAUAUGUGCCGAUGCUGCUAUGACGAAGGGCAUCCACAUUAUGCCUGCCCUCACCUACAAUCUACUUUUCAAAGCUCGCUCUCUUGUGACAUUUGUGGCAGCAACAACCAUGCCACACCCUCUUGCCCUUUGAUAGCAUCAUCUCAAGGUAGCAACUCUCUGUGGGGUUCAUCUGGGCUUGAAAUUGGUUCAACUCCAGACACACAAAGCAAACCCAAUAAAGAAACCAGUGAUGCAGAUCUCUAUGUUGGUUAUCUUCCUCAAACUAUGGACGAGAAUUGUUUAGCAGAGUUGUUUGCUCCAUUCGGUAAGAUUGCUAAAACAAAAGUGAUUAAGGACCGAGCCACAGGUAUCAGUAAAGGCUAUGGCUUUGUUAAAUUUGAAAAUCCUGCUCAUGCUGCUUUGGCUUUAUCCCACAUGCAUGGGUACAAAAUUGAUGGGAAGACAUUGGCAGUAAGGGAGGGUACACGCCAAUGGGUCACAGGAUCCUCAGUUUUGAGCCCUGAUCCAAAUCACCCAGGGUCAAUAGCAGCUUCUCAAGAUGCCGUGCGUCAGACCGGUUUCCCUGUUCCACCGGGGUCAUUGCUACCGCAACAUCAAACCAUGUUUCCUGAAACUAAGAGAAUGGCUUUUGAUUUUUUCCCUAAAAGCAAGGGAUUGGGUUUUCCUCCUGUGUCCAGCAUCUUGAACUCGCAGGGUAGAAGUGGCUUCGAAUAUGGUUACAUUGCUACCCAAGUUCCAUUCUCGUCACCUAGUUCACUUUUACAGUUUCCUGGGGAUCCUAGCUACCCUGGUUCCCAAUUUAAGUCAUAUUUUGCUACAGAGACAUCCAACCCAUCCUCAUCAUUCAAAAUCAGCCCAACCCCAGGAAGUAAUCUGAAACCUAUUCCUUGGCCAAUCACCCAUCUUACACAGUGGUGAACCUUGGAAGUUGUAGAAUCUUCAUAACUUGGUGGGCGGUUCUUCUCAGAACUGUGUUAAAGUAGUGGAUACUCAUGGUGCAGCCACCAGAACUUCAUCUCAUUCCUCAGUAUUGUAUAGAAUUCUAAUUCUUGGUCUUUUUUUUUGUUC